UUUUUCAUUUUCUUUUGGUUCUUGCUCAGCCUAUAAAACCGCAAAUCCAUUAAAUUCCCAAAGUUUAGGUUUUCGAUGUCAAUUUCAAGGCUUCAUUUAUGAAGAUUUAGUUAAAGAAGCUGAAAUUGGAAUAUGGAUUUGGGAACUGAAUCUGUGGAAGAGAAUGAAUUGAAUAACGAUGGAAAUGAAAAUGGAACCAAGGGUGAACGAGAUUCAGUUUCUGAUGAGAAAUUAGGGUUUCAAUUUGAUGGGAAUUUUGCGUCCAAACCGGAUCACGAUGGAGUUGUUGUUGAAGUGGGUAGUGAGGAAGGUGUUAAUUCCAAAGAAACACCAAAAAAAGGGGUUGGGUUGAAGAAAUGGAAGAGAAUUAAGAGGGAUGUUGUUAGGGAUCACAAUUCGAGUGCUGAUGAUUCGAGUAAAGUGUUGAAGAGAGGGUUGUCUGGCUCUGGCAAUGCUAAUUUGAGUGAAAAUCUGCGCGGUGUUAAGGAAAAAAACGAUGGAUCUUCGAAUGCCUUUGGGAAUGUAGUGUUUUCUGAUGGAUAUGCUAUCCGUGGUUCUAGUUCAGAUUCUAGAUAUGCAGUUGGAUCUGGUUUUGCUGUUGGGACUGAUUCUGAGAAUAGUGAGGAUCGGAGUAGUAAGUCUUCCACGGCAGCUAGUGAGCCGAAGGUGAGGCACGAUAAAAAUCGUGGUAGUAGGAAUACAAGUUCGAAGAAUUUGGUUAACUCGGGUCCAAAGGGUCAGCAAAAGGGACGCAUCGAGAGUUCUAAGAAACCUGGUGGAGGUGGAAGAGUGAAAAUCGAGACGGAAAAUUCUGUUUCUAGUUUGGAAUCUGAUUCAAGAAGCAACAACUUUAAGCAAGGUGUGUUUACGGUUACUAGUAACGGAAAGCACAGUGGCAACCCCCGUGUUUAUGAUGGAGGUGACAGCGGUGAAGCUCACACUAAUGAACAUUUCACCGAGGGAGAUGAAGAUGGUUAUGGCAAUGAAAAUGGUGAAGAUGAAGAUAUUCUACCAGAGAAUUCAGCGGCAAAUCUGUCUUGGGAUGUUCCUGAAGAGAAAAGUGAGAACAACCAAUCUACAAGUGUUGAAGAUCCUUUGAUUGAGUCUCUCAGAAGCCUUCAGGCUGUCCAGGAGGCAUUUGAAGAAGAAGUCCAGAAAUUCAAGGAGAUUGGUACUGAAGUUGUCUCACCGGACGACGACUCAGCUAAGUGUAGCAGUGCAUCUGUUGAUACCGCCGCUGUUGAUCUUGGACUUCAUAAGUCAUACUUAUCUAGUCAUUCUAGUGCAGAAGGAAUUAAACAAACUACUUCAAGUUCCUUGGAGUUUCAGAUAUCAAAUUUGACACAACAUGUAAACCUUUUGGAAAGCAAGCAGGAAGAGUUACAAGGUGUACUUGCGCUGAAGGAUUCGAGGAUUGUUGAACUUGAAACAGCCUUGAGUAGUGGCAAGUUUCCUAAGGAAGAAUCUGCAAACACGGUAGGUUUAUCGGAGGAAAAACAUAGAGAAGUAGAGUACGAGGUUGAGGAGCUUUUUAAGCAGAAGAUUGAAGCUGAGAUUGAAUACCUGGCCAUCACAAAGGGGGUCCAGAACUUGAAAGUUGGGGCAGAUAUACAACUUGCAUUAUUGGAAGAACAAGAGAAACUGUCUGAAAAUCAAGCACGGGUUUUACACAAGCUCGUAGAUGCGGAGACUAAGGCUUCGGUGCUGAAGAACAAAGCAGAAGAGUUGGAAAAGUAUUCCGGUGAUAGGUUAGGAGUUGAAGAAUCUUUUGUGCUGCAGAGAGAAGUAUGUAAGGUGUCAUUUUAUUUUUUCGUACAGUUCAUGUUGUUAAUGUUGUUCUUUUGGCUUGUGUCACAGUUAUCCCUCUAUUCUGGGGAUUUUGUACCCACUUAAGCCUUCAAAAGUAGGUUCAUUUUGUGUAUUCUCAAAAGUUUUCUUUGUUGAUCUUCAAUGUAAAAUUUCCUUGUUAUAUAAAACUUACCCUUCUUUUUUAGGGUAGGGGGGGAGAGCUUGCAUUUUCUUUCUUUGUUCUAUUAUCAUUUUGUGCACAACUUUAAAUAAUUCACUGUAAUUUGAGUUUGGCAAUUACACUUGUUAUGUCAGGAUUUUGUGUUAAA